AUGACUUACAAUUCUGAUUUUAAUGGCGUGUGGGAACUUUGCUGUAAGGCGGAUUGGGUAAUUGUACAGAUUCCAAAAAGCAGCCUUCAGAUGGAGCACUUUAUUCAUGAUGAUUACCGCAGCUGUGCCCUCUCGCUAAAUGCCCAUCCCGGUCGAACUGAGGACGACUUACCCAACCUCUGUAACACUUCCGAGCCGACUCAGCCGACCCAGGCCAGAUCGCGAUGGCGACGACUGAACCAAUUGAGUGAGUGGUUGAACAUUGUCCUCUAUGACCUAAUGCAUGAAUGGCACAAGCUGAUAAGGAAGGUUCCGGUCGUUGAACACCCUCGCCUUCAGCAGCGCGUCGACAACUUUCCUGCGUACCACCCACCACCCAGAAAAUUCCUCUCGGCGGAAUCAACUCCACCAUCUAAAAACACCCUGAAAUCAAGCAUGGCUGCAGAAGUUGCGAACCGCGAGGCAAGUCGUGUCUUCCCACUUCAGUUUCAGGCGGUCUUGACAUUGGGCCCCCUAACUAUUCGUCUCGGGCAAUUCCCUUUGACACGCCGCGCGCUCGCGAAUCGGACCAGCACGACGGGCCAUGGGAGGGUUUUGCAUCAUGCCAUUGAAUAUCCCGACGAUCAUGAUCGGGAGUCAUGGACUUUCACGGUCCUGCAUAAUAACUUGGACUCAUCUAUGUUACAAUUCCAACAGUUUACGGCUGAUUACGUGGUGAACAUUGUGACACUUCUGCGUAUUGGCAGGGACACGUUCGAGACUGGAAACGUGGUUCACAUUGAAGGCACUGUUGAUGGUUUCAAUGAAACGACUUCAACCUUCUCUAUCCGAGUCAGUGCCCUUACAACUCAUGGCUUCCAGAAUCACACUAAUCGCCGACUAUUCCCGUACCAUAGGUCACAACCGCGGCGGUAUUGA